AUGAACAAAACCUUCAUGCCGUCCACCUCCCGUCUUAGCAUGUCGACAUCCGCGUCAGACGUCCUCGUCGGCAAAGAUGAAACGCAGGCCCAGUUAAUGUCCGAGGAGAUAAUCCUGGUGAGUCCCGCCGACGCCGUGAUCGGCAAAAUGUCCAAAAAGGACUCGCAUCUCGUGUCCAACAACCUGCCCUUGCACCGCGCCUUCUCCCUCUUCCUCUUCGACUCGGCCGGCCGCAUGCUGCUGCAGCGCCGCGCCGCGGAGAAGGUCACCUUUCCCUCAUACUGGACCAACACCGUGUGCUCGCAUCCGCUACAUAAUGCGGCAGAGCUCGGGGAAGAGGACGGCGAUGACUCUGUUGUCGGGGCGAAGCGCGCGGCAAUUCGGAAGCUGGGCCAUGAGCUGGGAGUGAAGGAAGGCUCGCUUGGGAUUGCUGAUUUAACCUUUAUGACGCGCGUGCAUUAUCGCGCGGAGAAUGGGGACGGUGUGUGGGGGGAGCAUGAGGUCGAUUACGUCUUUGUCGCCCAGCGAGACGUGGAAUUGCGUCCGGAACCCAAUGAGGUCAGUGAUGUUCGCUAUGUGGAUCAGAAGGAGCUCAAGGAGCUGUUUGCGGAAGCGGAGAAGUCGGAGGGGACGCUCCUGACACCCUGGUUUCAGCACAUCGUCAACGGGUUUGGGUGGCCGUGGUGGGAUAGUUUGCUAGAGAAGGGACCACCGGGGUUGGAAGGCUUGCGGGAUCCACAUACCGUCCAUCACAUGGGAGAUUGCGGAGUACAUUGCUCGCUACCACACGACACGUAGCAAGGGAAGGGCGGGCCCAUGCGUCAAAUUUGGAUGAUGCAUAAAACCGCACUUCGCACAAGCUCGACAAACGUCAAUCGCGAUAGGGAGGAAGAAGAAUCAAAUGAGUUGAGAUGCGUCUCCUCAAAAGUCA